GGGGGGGCAGCGCCCCGCCGAACGCUCUGCGCGGGGGUGCGGGUAGGCGCCCGCGGGGCCAGUCGGCCCCUGCCCUCCCUGCCCCGCAAGCUCGGCAGUGACUGGGCGUUUCGAGCCAACAGCAAAACUAGCAAGAUUUCAAAGUGAAAUUCCGGAGGAAAUUUAAAGAGCAUCCGGAUCCGGAGAAAGACAGAAAGAAAGAGGAAGGGAGAAAUAAAUCAAAACGUGGGGAGAAGCGGCUGAGGAAGGACGGGAGAGGAAGAAGCCGACGCUCGGCAGAGAUGGGGAAAUGAAUCACUGUGGAGGCAAAACCAAAAAGGAGCCUCAGUCCAGCUAGGAGCCCUGGGAAGGAAGCUGUUGGAGGAGAGACGCGUACUAACUCCACUGGCCUGUAGUCUGUCUUACCCUUACUAACAAAUGUCAACAACUAGGGAGCAGCCAAUCUUCAGCACGAGGGCCCAUGUCUUCCAGAUCGAUCCUGCCACCAAACGGAACUGGAUCCCUGCCAGCAAGCACGCUUUGACCGUCUCCUAUUUCUACGAUGCCACGCGCAAUGUGUACCGGAUCAUCAGUGUGGGGGGCACCAAGGCGAUCAUCAACAGCACUAUUACCCCCAACAUGACCUUCACAAAGACCUCCCAGAAAUUUGGUCAGUGGGCAGACAGCCGAGCCAAUACGGUGUAUGGGUUGGGCUUUGCUUCAGAGCAACAUCUCUCCCAGUUUGCAGAGAAGUUCCAGGAAGUGAAGGAAGCAGCCCGUUUGGCGAGGGAGAAGUCACAGGAUAAAACGGAACUGACCAACCCUGCCCUGAACAUCACAUCUCACCAGGUACUUCCCAGCCCCAUCAUCAGCUCCAAUGGGCCAGGAGAAGAUAAGCUAUUCCGGAGCCAAAGUGCCGAUGUUGAAAUAACAACAGAGAAGGAGCGGCUGAAGAAGAUGCUUUCAGAAGGUUCGGUGAGUGAGGUCCAGUGGGAAGCUGAAUUCUUCAGCCUGCAGGACAACAACAACAAGCUUGUGGCUGCUCUCCAUGAAGCAAAUGCCAACGUGGACCAGUGGAAGAAGCAGCUGGCUGCUUAUCAGGAGGAGACGGAAAUGCUGCGGCAGCGGGUAGCAGAACUGGAGUCACAGGGGGCUCACGAUUCCUCCAGUGAGAACAACAAGGAAGAGCUGAGCCAAACCCUUGAGGAGCUGGAACUCCUGAUCAAGGCUAAGGACGAGGAGAUUCAGAUGCUGAAGAGCCAGAAGUGUGGACGAUGGGAAGCAGAGGGCGAGCGUGAGGAGACACUGCAGAAGCUGCAGGAGCUGGAGGCACGCAACACAGAGCUGGAGCGACGCCUUCACCUGGCUGAGCAGACGCUGGCAGAGACCCUAGCCGAGAGGGAGAAGAUCCAGAACGAAGUCACCAAGGUUGCAGAGAUAAUGGAUGUGAAGAUAUUUGAGCUCAGUGAGAUCCGGCAGGGACUAGCCAAGCUGGUAGAGAGCAACUGAGCAGUAGCAAGCCCAGAGGAGACGCCUCCGGAGGAGAGGAGCCUGAGCUGGGACUGGUCACCGACAGCAGUUACAGUCACAGAACAGCCUCGAGGUCUGUUCGGGCAGGAUAUGCCAACAUACCAGCAGCUGCCUGGACAGCAUGGAGACCAGCCGCAGCCACUUACUGCCCCCUGAGUGCCCAGGCAGAGGGCAGAGAGCAUCUGAGCUCCUGCAUCCUCUACAGGAGCAUCGACAGGUCCCAGCCAGCCCUCUCUGGACCCUGCCAUGGCUGUGGCGUGGUCCAGAGAUGACAACUGUCCCCGUGCUGCCUUCCCAGCCCCCCUGCUGCCACACUGUGUCUCCAGCAUUUUUACAGUUUUCUAGGGGAAGGGGCUGAGCAGGCUUUGCAUUUUUUUUCAGUAGUUUUUUUAGGAAACCACUUGCCUUUUGCAAGCCUUUGCUGCCUGUCUCCCCACCUAGGGAGGGAGGAGAAGUUCUAGCACACUGAGGACAACAGUCACUCCUUUUCCUCUUGCCCAGCCCUAACUACCUUGUGUCUUUCUAACAGGAUCCAGUAACACUGGUAGCUGUCAGGAGCUUCCAAAGGUGGCAGUCCCCCCACUGCCCAGAAGGAUGCUUGCCUGACCAGGUGUCCUUUCCACUGUUCAGUCACAUCCUCCAGAGGAAGAAGAACCGCAGGUCUUAAAGCUCUUAGUUUAACACAGUGGGAUUUAAUGACUUGUUCAAAUUUUAAGCUGAGAAGAGUAAAGGCUCGGUUGGGAAAGGGACAUUAGAAAUGGGACGUCCCUGAGGGGAUGACCAACAAACUGCUAGAUUGGCAUCUCUCUGGGCCUCUAAGGGCGGCAGUUAAUUGAAAUUAAAUGGAGCAAGUCGCAGUUGCUCUUGGUUUCUUUUUUUUCUUUUUUUAUUAUUGGGAAACAGUCCGCAGAGCUGUCCUGCUCCGUGCCAGCCGAGCAGUACUCCUUGUGAAGGGUACGGGUCCCAGCUUGCCACGCUUGGCCAGCUUAAACCAGAACAGGAGGCGUUUGGAGCAUGCUGGGACCAGUGCCUGGAGGGGCCUGUGGGAUGUUCGUGAGUUAUGGUAGAUGUUGUCUAGUAAUAGGAAUUGAGGGAGGCAUCACAGAAACCUGGAAGGUUGUGUGUCCCCCAGCACGCGCUGUGUCCCUGUAGUAACCUAGGAGCAUGUUAACCCCAUGCUGAAUGAUGAAGCAGUGUCUGUGUAGAAGUAGUUAGUAGCCUUACAGGAGUGCUGAUGAGUUUGGAUUUUGUUCUUGGGUUUUUUUCCCUUCUUUGCCGCUCUACGUUAGGCAAAGACAGCAGCAAUCCUGGGAACGUUCCACAGGUCUGCAGAAAUCCUGGUGCUUGGCCAGCCCUGGCUGCCCAGCACUGCUCCCCGUGCCCAGCUGAACCUCGGCAGAGCUGCGGCUCCUCGGGGUCUGCCUCUCCCUUCGCUCACCUGCUGACCACGAGGGGAACUCGCAGUUUCCACUCGCUGCCUGCAAGUCAGGGCAGGAUUUGGGUCUGGCACCCUGGUGACUCUGCUGGAUUUUGUCUAGGCAAAGCCCUUCCCUUUCCCAGGGGUAACAAGGAAACAUCGAGAUUUCCAGACCUGCACAGCCAGGGAAGGGCUUUUCUGUUUUGUGGUUGGGGUUUUUUUGUUGUUGUUGGGUUUUAUUUUAUUUUUUUUUCUUUUGCAUGAAGUGUUCUCACAACCGUAUGAGGCUGGAGUUACUGUAGUAAUAUUUGUUUCAGGGUAUUUAAGAAGGGAAGGAAGUAACUGGGUGACAAAAAAUUUCUAGGGGUUUGUUUACCACCCCGUGCCAGUGUUCAUAUUUUAUUCCCACAGGAGCAGCCUUCUUUUGAAAUAGAGAUCAGCUCCCAGAAA